UAGGGCUGUAGGUGAAUAGUCUCCAUCUGUCGGGCGGUGUAGGCGGGUCUCUGUUUACUGCAGCUCCUCAGAGGCGCAGGAGGCUGGAGCGCCACUCUUACAGCAGCAUCUCUCAUCAUCUCUCCAGCACAGCGGCGUCGCAGCAUCAUCGCAGCAUCAUCGCAGCAGCACCGGGCUCGGACAUCCGCACAGCGGCCGGACCCGACGGGCGCGCAGGGAUCCCAGAGCAGCCCGUAUAAUUACCCCCGUGGCAGAAAGCGAACCCCUCACCUGGAUAGAGCCUUUUGCGCGCAGGAGGAAGGAGCAGAAGGAGCAGAAGGAGAAGCGAGAGGAGCUGAAGGAAGCGAGAAGGAUGAUUCCCAAGCAGCAUCUCCUCUUCAUCCUCUACAGCGUUUGGGGGAUCCUUUUAAAAGCGUCGGCAACAAAAAACAAAGUGAGAGGUAGCCAGGUCCAGUUCCCCAUCGCACACAAUGUCACCGUGGCAGAGGGUGGAACGGCUAACAUGACCUGCCGCGUGGAACACAAUGACAACACCUCCCUCCAGUGGUCAAACCCCGCGCAGCAGACGCUCUUCUUCGGCGACAAGAAAGCGCUGAGGGACAACCGGAUUGAGCUGGUGCGUGCCUCCUGGCAGGAGUUGGCCAUCAGCAUCAGCGAGGUGACGUUGUCUGACGAGGGCCAGUACACCUGCUCACUCUUCACCAUGCCUGUCAAGACGGCCAAGGCCUUCCUUACAGUCUUAGGGGUUCCAGAGAAACCUAAGAUUGGUGGACUGACAAAGCCGGCCAUGGAAGGGGACCAGAUCACCCUGACCUGCGUGUCCUCGGGGAGCAAGCCAGCAGCUGAGAUCCGGUGGUUCCGCAAUGAAAAGGAGAUCCAAGGUAUCCGAUGUUCACGGCAGCCCGGCAGUGCGAUCCCUUUGAACACGGAAGCGAAUGUCAUGCAAUACCGCACUUCUGAUUCUUUCAGAAAGCCCUUUUCAUUUGGAGAAAUGCUUAAAAAUGAUUUGCAGUCGGGCUCCAAGGAGGUGAACGCCACGGGGAAGACGUUCACGGUCAGCAGCGCCUUGCGGCUGCAGGUGGACCGCAGCGAUGAUGGCGUGGCCUACACCUGCCGGGUGGAGCAUGUGGCACUUCCCGCCUCGGCACAGCAGGCUACCGAGGUGCUGGAGGUGCACUAUGCACCCCGUGUAGAGAUCUUGCCCUCUCAGACUUUGCCACAGGAGGGACAGUACUUAAAACUGGAUUGUAUUUCCAAAGGAAAUCCACUACCUGACUCCGUGCUGUGGACAAAAGAUGGAGGAGAGCUGCCUGAUGUUGAUCGGAUGAUUGUUGAAGGCAGAGAGCUGACCAUAACGUCCCUGAACAAGACAGACAACGGCACAUACCGCUGUGAGGCCAGAAACCACCUGGGCACCAGCAGCGCGGAGUAUGUGCUCUUUGUGUACGAUCCUAAUGCCCUGGAGCAGAAUGGACCAGAUCAUGCACUUAUUGGAGGAGUGGUCGCAGUUGUUGUCUUCAUCACUCUGUGCUUGAUAAUCGUGUUAGGACGAUACCUCGCUAGACAUAAAGGGACAUACCUGACACACGAGGCCAAAGGUGCAGAUGAUGCCCCAGAUGCAGACACGGCCAUCAUCAAUGCAGAAGGGAACCAGGCCCAUGCCGAGGAGAAGAAGGAGUACUUCAUCUAGACGUGGUCCCAGCAUCCUGUCCGUACAUCUUCCACCCCGUUGUCCCUCUGCCAAGUGUGUCUUGUGAGACCUGGCCGCCAGCAAAUGCUCACUCUUACCCAAGUUCCCUUAGCGCUGGCCUAGUCUUUCUCCGUACUUUCCUCCUUCUCUUUCCUUUCCCUUUCACUUUGCUGAUCCACUUCUGUUUCAGUAGCCACUUUUUGAAAAUAAUCAGCUAAUGAAGAUACCAACUUUUUGUACGCUCAUCCCUUCAGAACCAUUGACUCCCUCCCGUUCCUCCCCCCUUGAGUUACUUUCAUAGUGCCUAAAUUUACAGACAUCCAUUUCACUUGAGUCAAUGUCUCAUGGAACUGAUGUAAAAAGCUUAGUUUAUUACGACAAUGAAAAUGACUGAUAGAGAUGAAAAGAUUGCUUUUUUUUUCAGGUCUGAUGUGAUGUAAUAUUUUGGACAACAGACAAAACUGUUCAUAAUACUUAGAUGGGGAAUUGUUUUAACCAAUAUCAAAAGUUUCCCAGCUGUUGAACUGAGAAGUUUUAUUGAUUUAAAAUGUAUUGGUCUGAAAUGCUGUUUGCUGAUGCAUUUCUGAAGAGGAAAGGUUUUUUCCCAAGAAACAUGGAUCUUCUUAGCUCAAAAAACCUCACACACAAAACAGUUUAGCUUUAAAAGGAAAAUAUGUAUAAAAUAAUAUACAAAUAUGUGAAUUGUAUAGGUGUUAUAGAUGUUUAACUAAAAAAUGUGGUACUGGAUGUAAAUGGCAUAUGUGUUUUUAAAAAACAUGAGUCAAAUCAUUCAAUGGGGGAUCUGUAAAAUACAGUAGUUUGGAUCUGAUCUCAAGCUCAAUCCAAAUCUGCAGAAAAUAUUAAUAUAAAUGUAAAUAUCUCCUCACCAACAAAACAAAGACACAUGAAAGCACACAAAUUCUUUAUCCUUAUAUUAUUCAUUGGGAUCAGGGAAUGAACGCAUCGUAACUUUCCCACUUUUGUCUGUAUAUUUCUGUAUUUAUGUUUCACUGAGCUGUGAUGCUCAAUGUUUGAUGAAAACAGUAACAGUCUGCAUAAAGAAGCACAAAUUUAGUGUGGAAACUGUAACACUCUACCAUAUACUGGACUGUGUCAGGUGUCAAAAUGCAUACAUUACAUGAUUUGAAACUGGCUUUCCCCAGCCUUCCGUGACUCAGUGCAGACAAACUUAAUUGGAUUAAUGAUUUAUUUCUGAAAUAAACUGAUGAGCAAAACAGAAUGAAAACGUUUAGUUUUAAUUCUGUAAUCUGUAAAAGGCUGUAUAUUACAUUUGCUAAAUGUGGUUAUUAGUGAAAUUGUUGUUAGACUUCAGAAUCCCUCAUACCCGGAAAUUUGUAUAUUAGCCAGUUUAUAUAUUGAUAACAUUGUAUUCUGUAAAUCUUUUUUUCAUUUUCAUCAUAUUUAGAAAAACCAUGCUGGUUAAUCUGCAUCUGUAGUCUAACAAGUUGAUUCUAAUCGGAGGUACAGAAUAUAUAUGAUAUUGUGUUCAUACACGGAAAUUUAGGAACACAGUUGGCAUGAAAGAGUGACUAUAAGGACCUGGGUGAAGAUAAAACGAAGCUUUAUAGCUUCUGUUUUUUCACUGGAAUAGAACCGAUGACUUUGUUACCACACAAAGCAUGUAGUACAUUUACUGUUUUAAGUCAACAACACUUAUUUCUUAUUUUACAUUGUAUUGUUCAAUUAUUUGUGGUUGCACUGUCAUUGGCUGGCUGUUAUUGCUACUAGUUAUUACUGAACAAAAAUUGAAAAAACGGGUACAUAAAAUAUCUUUGUCUCUUCAAGGAAAUGUACAUACAUGUGGUAUGCGAGUGGGUUUUUCAAAUCAAGGAAGAGAGCAACUCAUAAACUUCAAGAAGCAGAUUCUGGAUGGUUGUAGGUCACUGAAAAUCUAUAUGAUCUGCAUGUAUGAUGCUAUUUGCCUAACAGCAGUAUUUUAUGCCUAUAAGCCAUUUUUGAUCUCAAAUCAUUCUAAUGUCACUUGUAAAAAUUAUGUUUGACUUGGUCAUAAUACAAAGUAUGUUGCGGUAAAAACACUGAGUUUAUGCUGUAUUAUUAUCAAUAGGGUUUUUAUUUUAUUAUUAUUGUG